UUCUUCUCUUCUAUUCUCGUUUCACUGGCCUUUCCUCCUCCUACCCCCAUACAUGCUACGUCGCUCAUAAUUACUGCGCUGGAGACCCUUCUUGUUCCUUCAUCAUGGGUGUCGACACCCGCAGACCGAUCUUACCUGCACCCACUGAAUCUAUUGUCGACACUACCACCACUGGAGGUAGCGUAACAGGGACUGAUUUGGCAACUGACGUAUCUCGACGCACAGACAAAUCAUCUUACUCCGUUCCGGACGACGGCAGUCCCGUAACUAUCUCCACUCGGCGCAAGCACCGUACCCACAGGGACGACUCCAAGCUGUCCCGCUCAGCGCAGCACUCCCAGACCUCCCUGCUCAUCGAGUAUUUCGAGGGCGGGAAGGGUUCUGGCUCUUUAAUCUCCCGACCCAGUGUCCGAGUUCGAGUCACUCCUUCUUCCUCCCGGAAGCGUAAGGAUUCCAAGGACCAUAUCCAGGUCACUGAAUCCCACGGGAACCGCAAGCCCGUAUACUCCCGCCGGAUUUCCUUCAGCUCACCGUCCAAGAACAAGUCCAGUGAUGAUUAUAGCAUCUGCUCCUUCAACUCAGGUACCGAUGAGAACCAGCAGCCUUCUGGUCAUACCCCCGUAGAGAUCGAGCUGGUGAAUCGCGAUCAGAGCAGUGAGAUCUCUAGCGACGCUAGAUACUUCCAACCCACCUCGGACAUCUCGUCGAUGCCCGCGGAUAGCAUGCUAGAAGCCUCAUCUUCUGGUGUACGACGAAAACGCAGCCAGAGUACAUCGCGGGAACGCGAACACAGCCCGGAAUAUAAAGACUAUCUCCAAACGCCUCGACGACAAAGGAGCCGCAGUCUGAGUACGGAACGGAUCGCUCAUCGAGUCGCAGAGAAGCUGAGUAACGAUCCCCGGGAGCAUACUAAAGGUCAACGGAAUCGGGGCGACGUCGCCGAGUUCCCUGAAACCGAUCCCAAGUCCUCUCGAUCUCGCCUGUCGGCGUACCCAGACGAAGACAUGAGUCCGGACCCCAGUUUGCUCAGCGCGUCGGCGCUGUCUGCCCAUCGCAAAUCCGGGGAUCAGUAUUCCUUCCGGUCGGGAACUUCCAAGUCCUCCAUCAAUAACCCCAAACUCCUCGAGACGGUCGAGGAUGCCAUCCGGAGAUUGAUCUUACCCGAGCUGAAAGAGCUCAAAAAGGACCAAAAGGUGAUUUCGAACACGUCCAAAUUUGAACGGGAUAUGAAUGCGUCCUACUCGUCGGCAAGCACGCCGUCGCGAGACGAGCUUGGUAGACGUCUCUCGAAGCAUGCCAGCGCACCCGAUGUGAAACGGCCAACAGUUGUCCUGAACAAGGAUGGCCAAGACGAGGGGAUCGUUCUUUCAGGUGAGCCCGCUCCGUCACAACCGGAACGCAGGCCCAGCAAAGGCAGUGAUGCACCAUCAGAAACGAGCUACGUCAAAUGGGGCCUUCGUCCGGAAUUGACCGACCAUGAAAAGCUACGUCGACAGAGGAGCAAGGGGCUGCGUGACGCCGAAAAGGCCGCCAGGGUUGGGUCGGCUCUGACGGCGGCUGCCCUCAAGCACCAUGAUUCGCGGUCCAGCAUUGAUAAAUCCGAACGACGAAGACCGAAUGGCCCGAGGAGUCGUAACGGCAGUUACAACGAGACAGAACUCGCAUUCCAGAAACAUAACGUGGCUCCCAUGCCGCUGCGGAGUGCGAUUGAGUCGGACAUCACGAGAGACUCUCUUCUUUCAGAACAGACCGCUCGUGAAGACUCCGUCCUUCACGAUAGCCGGUACCGGAGUCAAGAUUCCCUGGGUUCGCCAUAUGAGCUUAAACACAGCAACUUCUCUAGCCACGACUUGUCACUUCACGAUCCUUUAGAACAAGAUGAUCGUGAACAAAGCUUUUCCCCAGUGGGGGAUGCUGCCGCGGGAGCUAUUGCAGCCGCCGCAGCGGCCAAUCUCCUGGAUGAACAUUCCGGGCGGCACGGCUCGAAAUUCACGGAUCGUCGGCGCACCCUGAGUCCAAUUCAGAGCGUGGCUAGCAAUCAGAGCGAGUCACACAUUAAACAGGACUCAGCCCAACCUGUUGAACAUGAGUUUUCGGGGAUGGAGAAGGGAAUGGAACAGCGUCUCUCGAUAGAUUCGCUUUCAUCAGCCCCAAGCACCAACCUCGCAAGAUCCACACGGCCUCAUGGUAUUAGCCCUGCAAGUCAAAAGGAUAUCCUACGACAUAAUCACAAAAACGGGCCUGAACUUGGGUAUGAAUCAUCCCCCGCCAUGUCACCACGAUCGAUGACGGAGACCGCAAGUACUGACCCCAAAAGGAUGACCGGUUUUACGGACGACAGUGAGGUGAGCUAUAUUGAAAAGGUGAACCAACGUCAGCCCGUGGCGGGAAUCGGUGCCAACCCCCAGUUUAUCCAUCCCGUGGCCGUCGAAUCCGCGGUCGCCUCGAUCCUUGACCCGUCAAUUGUGGAGGCGAAGUCCAAUCAAUCUGCAGUGAAUCACUCGCAGACGGAUCUCUCCCAGCGGCUGGACAACCAAACCCCCAAGCCAGCAGUGGAAAAGGCAAACCAAACGCCCCACGGAUCUCGCCAAGGAAGCCCUCUGAAGCAACGCCAGGACGCCUCCAGUCCGGAUGCGACCUCCUUCCCUAGACGCAUGGGUGCCACAUCACCUCCCCAGAGUGUCACGCAGUCCCUGGAAGACCAGGCCGACCCGACACACAUGUUUUCUGAAGACAUCCAUGACCGGGAGAGCCCCAGCCCCGAAGCUGACCGAAGCCCGGAUUCUGAAUCGGAGAUCAACACGAACCCAUCGAUUAUUCAAGGACCAAUUGGAGGUGGAGGCAACUGGGCGUAUGAACAGACACCAGACAAUCGUGGCCAAUCGCCCCUCUUUGACAAUACCCGUUCCGCUGCUGGCAACACAGACCUGGGCCUAGGACCAAUGGACCAGCUUGAUUACGGCCAUGACUACUAUGCCACGAACGACUAUCGCCCUGAUGACUACUUUGACCAUCAGUACUCCAGGGGUCAACUAUUGGAUACGCCACCCGGAGCCAAAGACGAGGGUUACGUGUCAGCCGCCAACCCUCUUUCACCAGGUGUCGACACCCCGGAGCCCAUGGAUAAUGGAUUUGGUGGUAUGGACACUAAGGGUAUGGGCCUCUUCGAUAGCCCUACUGGAGCGGACGAUCAGUUCGUUCCUGGUCACCAACGGCAACUCAGUGGCUACUCCCAUGGUGCUGGCUCACCUCUGUACGAUAGUGCCACUGGGAAGGGUAUUGACCGGAUUCAAUCCAAAGAUAUCGUCGCGCUUAUGGACCACCUCACCGUUCGCGAUGCCCAGCGGAACGCGCGGGAUACGGAGAUCCUGGUGACUCUAGUUAGAAGCGCAGCAGAAAUGCGCAAUUCUUUCGAAGAGAUGAAGAAGUUCAUUGCCCAACAGGAUGGGAUGCUCAUGGAAGCCAGUGAUAGGCAGCAUGAUCGGACGUAUCGCGCUCUUGGGGGGCCACGUCCUUUGCCAACAAGCACGAGAAGCGCGCGCCAGCCCUCCGUAGAUGAUGGCGAGGACCUACGCUCGAAGCGUAAGAACGUCUUCAAACGUGCACUCAAAGGUCUUAGUCUCAAGUCAUCCAACGACCUGUCUAGGAUUGAAGACAUGUUGGAGCAGCUGCUCGAUGAGGUUGAGGCCCUGCGUGACGGUCAAGACGAGAGGCUGGGCCGCAGCGCAACUCGGACUGCCAGUGUAGACCCAGAAGGCUACGAACCUGAAGGACACGCAGGGACUUCUUCCCCCGAUCAUUCCGGAUAUCUGCUGCCAACCUCUUCUCGUCCGAUACCUGAACCUCGUGGGAACGGGCUGCGGAGAGAUUCUGAGCACCGCGUCAGUACUGUCCCCGAGGCCGAUGAGGAGAUGGACAUCAACGAACGUGGAGAGUUCUUGAGCCCGAACUUAGCAACUUUCGACAAUGCAGACGCCCGACAAGACAGGGCUGGACCCCCUUCGGCCUCGACCCCUCCUCGGGCACCCAUGGCGUCUGGGGCUCUCAGUAAUGAGACGUCCCCGAAGACAAACGAGAAGGCCAAGAAGCACAAGUCAAGCAGCUCUUCGUUCUUUCCCAAGAUCUCUCGUUGGUCGAAAACUACCGCGUCCUCAAUGGGCGACAACAUCCGCAAUAGCAUUCAGCCGGGUCGCAAGGAGCGCCCAUCUUUCGACGCUUCACGCUCGGGGUCCGAUGUCCAGGGACCAUACAAGGCUGCUGACUGGUACGACCCGCAGGGCGACGACAGAUUACGGUCAACGUUCACCCUAGAGGACCGACAGCAGGAGAACCGACCUCCAUCACCUUUAGUUCCGUCCCAGGUUUCUGAAGCUCCGAAAUACAGAGCUCAUCGGGAGAGCCUCGAUCUUCAACAUCCUCAGCCACGCCAGGGGCCGACUGGGCGAUAUCAAUCGCAGCUGGAAACGCAAGCUCAGAUCUACGGGAUGCCAUCCGGUGCCCCCUCAGACCAAUGGGGUUCAAACCCGAGCUUAUCGGGCGUGACCCCCAAUGUGCGACGCAGCAGCGGCGCCAGCCGUCUCUCUCCUAUCUCCGACACGGGCUACUCGGAAGCCAGCUCUCGGCAUACUGGUCCACCGAGACCCCCAAAGAUCAAGGAUGAUGGUCCGUUGAUCCCCGAGCGACCGCCAAAGGUCAAGGAGGACGAUGAACGAUCGUACGUGAAUCGUGUCGCUUCACGGAGUUCUGCAAUGCGCUCCUCUCCGCGCAGCACACCGCCUCCCCGUAAACCUACCGGGCCUCGUCCGCUGAACUCAGGCAGCCAGUAUAGCAGUCCUGGACGGAGGAAGCGAAGUCAAUACCGCGCAAGCCCUGAUCAGGUCGACGAGGAAUCUCUUUACUAGUCUCUCUUGAUGAGUUGAUG